AUGGCCGCUACGGCAACUUCGCCAACAAACGCAACCACGCAAACGCCUGCCGCGAGUAGAGGCCCCUCAGCAGGUCAAAAGGUUAAUGCUUCGGAGGUGGGCUGGCUCUUCGUUCACGAGUACUACACAUUCCUUAACAAGGAACCGAGUCGUCUCCAUUGCUUCUAUGGACGCAAGUCCACUCUCAUCCACGGCACCGAAGGUGAACCGGUGAAACCGAUUCAAGGUGAAAAGGAAAUCCAAGAAAAAAUUCAAGAACUUGAUUUGGAAAAUUGCCGUGUCCGUGUUACCAAUGUCGACAGCCAAUCUUCCAUUAACGGUGGUAUAGUGAUUCAAGUCUUGGGCGAAAUGAGCAAUCGAAGCGAAUCAUCUCGAAAGUUUGCUCAGACGUUCUUUCUCGCAGAACAACCAAAUGGAUAUUACGUGAUGAAUGAUAUUAUCCGAUUCCUCAAGGAAGAUGACGAGGUGGAUGAGGAAGGUGAAGAGAUUGAAACAGAAACGCACCCAUCUGUUGAAGGAGCAGUGACCAACGACGCGAACGAAGAAGAGAUAGGUUCAACUUCACCCACUGGUACACUUGUCGAAGAACCUAUUAACGGUCGUGCUGUACCGGAAGCUGUCGGAGAGGUUACAAUCACCAUUACUUCCAGACAAACUGUAGUCUCAACAGAGGAAACCAUCAAUGUAUCAGUUAAUGGUACUGAAGUUCAUGAUGAGGUUCAAGCUACGGCUAAUGAAGAACCAAUCGAACCUUCUUCGUCCACUUUAACUGUGACGUCUCAAUCGGUUUUGACUUCCUCUGAUAACGUUACUAAUGUCGAUCAACCAAGGUCUAUUCCCGUUUCUCACUCGGCUAAACAGUCAACUAUUACUCCUCAAACUGCAUCCCCCAAACCUGUUGCAAAUAUAUCCGGUCAAACCCAAUCGACGCCUACUAAUGCUCCUAAUCCAUUGUCUCAUAAUAAUUCAUCGUCUUUAAAACCCACACCUAAUUCUCAAUUUCCGUCUCCCAAACCAACCAACAAUGAUACACCACAAAAUUUACCUAAGCAGCCAUCAGUUCAAACUCCUAAACCGUCGAUUAAUAAUUCAGCAACAAAUAUUCAAGCACCUACCAAAUCAGUACAAAAUCUUAACGCUAAUUCGAUUUCCAACGAUUUUCAGUCACCUUCCGUCAAAAAUAAUACGAACAAUUCGCAAUCAUCAGUUACUACUAAUCCCGCGUCUAACUCCCAAUCGGUUACUGUCACAGUUACAAAUUCUUUGAUUAAUGGACAGCAAGCAAAUACGAAACAGCCGGCUCCCACUACAGCUCACACUCAACCUUCACGUUCAUCUCACAAUGGACAAACUUAUGCUCAAAGAUCGGCACCUAAUCAAACGCCAAGAUCUGUUGCUCCGGUUGGAAAUAAGCAAAUAAUUUCUCAACGAGCGACCUCUCCUGCAGGACGAUCGAUUUCUCCGAUCGGAAAUGGACAGAUAACUCCCGACCCGCAGCGCUCAAUCUCUCCGAUUGGAGGAUCAGCAUCUGAGAACGUUCAUCCUACAACCUCCGUUCAACAGACGGAUUCAUCGGGUGAAGAUUCGGUUGCGAAAUCGGUGGUUGUAAACGGUCAACCUGCAACCAAUGAAGCUGGCGCUCAAGGUGACGUGCAAAAGAAUGGCCAGGUCACGGCAAUCACUUCAAACCAAAAUUCCCAGGCUGAAAUCACGACUGCCCAACCCUCUGAUUCUGUUCAACAAGUCAACACGCAACAGCAACAACAAAAAUCUCAAGAUCCACCUGCUGUUAAGACAUGGGCAUCUUUGGCGGCGGAUGAUCAUAGUAAAUGGAAUAACGCGUUGGCAGAGAAAAAAGGACAUGUUGCUCCCGUGCAAGCCCCUGUUCCAAAAACGACACCCCAACAGCAACGACAGCAUACGCGCGACAACCAGGACCGUCGUCAAGAUGGGACCAGGGGAAACAACCGCCGAAAUAGCGACAUCGACAACAACCUUUCUAUCUAUGUCAAAGGUGUUACCUCAACGAUGACUCGCGAACAAUUGCAAUCAGCUUUUAAAACUUUUGGAGUCGUCAGUCAUAUCGAUGUUGUACCAACCAAAUCAUGCGCAUUCGUCGAGUAUAACAACCCUGCAGCAUACAGGGCUGCUCUCAACGCCAAGUCCGUCAAUGUCGGCAACGAGAUCGUGUACACCGAGGAACGCCGUGGUAAUAAUCGUCGUAACAACAAAACCUCGAGAGGCGAGGAACUGCGCUAUAAGAACCUGAGCAGAACCAUAUCCCAACAGAUUUUUACCAUUACCAGUAAUAUGACUUCAAUACGGAAUCUAGUUGGUUAUCUUGGAACUGCAAAAGACACACCGGACGUAAGAACAAAAUUACAUAAUUUGACCGAAAAGACACGGGACUUGGUUAAAGAAACGAGCAAUAACAUCAAGAGCCUUUCACACUAUGAGUCUACCAGUGCGAAGAAUCGACACCGCAAGGUUGAGCAGGAAAAACUCUCCAAAGAUUUUCAGAAAACAAUACAAGAGUUUCAAAAAGUACAAAGGCUCUCGGCAGAGAAGCAACGAGAAUACGUUGACAAAGCAAAAACUCUCAAUGUUCGAAAUGAUGUGUACGACGAUGAUCCGGGCAUCUCCGAAGAACAGCCACUCAUCGAUGAUAGCAAUAGAAGGCUUCAACUUCAAAUAUUAGACAAUGAGAUUGAGUACAAUGAAUCACUUAUUGCUGAACGAGAAGUUGAGAUUAGGGAGAUCGAGCAAGGAAUCAACGAGUUAAAUGAGAUAUUCAGGGAUCUUGGAACACUUGUGACUGAACAUCAAACGAUGCUGGACAACAUUGAGAGUAAUGUCACAAAUAUUGCCGUGAAUGUUAGAAAUGCUGCUGAUGAAUUAACCAUUGCCAGCCGUUAUCAGAGAAACGCACGUAACAGGAUGUGUUGUCUUAUGCUUAUUUUUGCUGUUGUUGGUGGUGUUGUGGUAUUGGCUGCCUUGGCAUAA